UAAAUGAACCAAUCCAUGCCGAUACUACUCCAACUACUCAGAUUUACUUGUGCAACGACUGUUCACGCCCAGCGAAGUUAAAUAACAAAAGUAAAUAAAACACAAUAACUAUGAGAAAAUUCUGAUAGUGUAUAGAUAUUUUUAUUUAGUUUUAUCUUUUCGUUAUUAUAUUAAACCUGAGGAUGUCUGUGAGUGCUAGCGCCGAGAAUCUUUCAACUGACGCACAGAGCUGUGAUGGUGGCUCAAUGUGCCUGGAAUUGGCGCUGGAGGGAGAGCGACUAUGUAAGGCUGGUGACUGCCGAGCAGGAGUUGCAUUCUUCCAAGCCGCUAUUCAAGCAGGCACCGAUGACCUGAGGACCCUAAGUGCCAUAUACAGUCAACUUGGCAAUGCAUACUUUUAUCUUGGUGACUACAUUAUGGCUAUGCAGUAUCAUAAACAUGACUUAACUUUAGCUAGGACAAUGAAUGACAAAUUAGGAGAAGCAAAAGCUUCAGGCAAUUUAGGGAAUACAUUGAAAGUGAUGGGCAAGUUUGCAGAGGCUAUACAAUGCUGUAAGCGUCACUUGGAGAUAUCUCGAGCACUUGGUGACAAGCUGAGCGAGGGACGAGCACUUUACAACCUGGGCAAUGUGUACCAUGCACAAGGCAAGCAACUGGGUCGAGUAGGGCAGAACGACCCAGGCCACUUCCCCCAGGAAGUGCGCGAGUGUCUUCUGCAAGCAGUAUCCUAUUAUGAAGAGAACCUCGAGCUGAUGCGCAGCCUCGGAGACCGGCAGGCCAUGGGUCGCGCUUGCGGCAACCUCGGCAACACGUGCUACCUUUUGGGCGACUUCGCUCGCGCCAUCCGCUACCACACAGAGCGAUUACAAAUCGCUCGAGAAUUCGGCGACAAAGCAGCAGAGAGGCGCGCCAACAGCAAUCUCGGCAACUCCCACAUAUUCCUCGGACAGUUCGAAAAUGCCGCUGAACAUUAUAAACGCACUUUAUCAUUGGCGGAAGAAUUGGGCGAUGCGGCAGUUGAGGCGCAGGCUUGCUACUCUUUGGGCAACACUUACACACUGCUGCGAGAGUACCGCGUCGCCGAAGAAUAUCAUGCACGUCAUCUAGCCGCCGCCCGCCGGCUCCAAGACCGAGUGGGUGAAGGCCGAGCCUGCUGGUCCCUAGGCAAUGCCCACGCAGCACUCGGCAACCAUGAGAAGGCCCUGUACUUCGCCAACGAACACUACAACAUAUCCAAAGAACUUGGUGACGUUCUCGGAAUGGCGACGGCUCAGAUGAACAUCAGCGAUCUGCGUAAGGUGCUUGGGAUGCCAGCGGAGACGGAGUCGCCUCCUGCGCCGACCUCCGACGACGACAGCGCGCCUCGCACGCCCUUCAACGCGCUUCGAGUGAGGCGCCAGAGCAUGGAGCAGUUAUCUCUUAUACAGAUAACACCCGACGCGAAGAAACGAGAAGAAGAAGCCGAGGCUGAAUCUAAGACGGAAAUCGCACGCGCCGAAUCUGAAGACAACCCCGAGUCGUUCUUUGAUCUCGUGCUGAGAUGCCAGUCCGGAAGAAUGGACGAGCAGCGGGCAACGCUUAACUGCAAUAAGGAGAACCGACCGAAGCCGAAACCGGCUGCUACCAAGGUCCCGUGGCCCGCCAUCACCGCUCCUGGCAAAACUAUUGGGUCUAGCGAUGCUAUGCUGGAUAUGAUCAACAACCUGCAAUCCGAGAGAAUGGACUCUCAGCGUGCGGAGUUGCGUCCCGCGCAGAAGAAGCCCAACAAGGAGCCAGCGCCGGGCACCUCGCUGCCGGGCCUGCGCCCCCAGCAUACUACCCGCACCAAGCCCGAGGACGACUUCUUGGAGAUGAUUGCUCGUGUGCAGGGGUCUCGCCUGGAGGAUCAGCGCACUGAACUGCCUCGUCAGCGCACUGAGCAAGCGAAGCCGCGCCCUCGGCCCGAGCAGCCGCAGCAGCAGCAGCAACGCGCCAAGGGAACUGUGCCGGAUGACGACUUCUUCAUGCUGCUCAUGAAGGCUCAGGGCGGCCGCAUGGAGGAUCAACGGGCUUCGAUCCCGGUGAAGGAAAAUCGUUCCAACAAGAACGAUCCCGCCGCGAAGAAGUAAUGUGUCACACCCUCAACGGGCCGUAGCUGUGUGUUGUCCUGCGCGCCUUCUGUCAUCAGCAACGAUACGAUGUUAAUUACUCUUCGCUAAGUUAUCGCACAUUGUACAUAAUAUAUAUUUAGGCGUUUACUUUGCAUGUAUGUUGCGUUUGCGGCCUAACGCCCGGCGAACCCCAAGUACAGUAUCAUAGGUAACUCGGUGGCCAGCAGCCUGGUCACUCGAGGAUGACUCUGAUAGUGCAUAUCAACACUUCAUAGUUAGGAACAAAACUAUACUUAAGAUAUACAACGGUCUAAUACUCGAAUGAUAAAAAUCAAAUCUCCAUCCGGCCACUUUAAUGAAAUCGAUAUCGAUAAUAUUUGAUUUUUAAUAAUUCAUUAAAAUUUUAGAGUAAUCGUAUUCAUAAUCACAAUAUGCUGCUACUUUUUGUAAACUUGUAAGUCGAAUUGAAGUGGUGCACUAAGUGAGGCUAAAUAGGGUUGUUUCCAAUUUUCGGAAAUCUAUUUAGAUAGCUUCUAAAUAAUUUUAAGAUCACCCUCUCUUUCAUUUUUCGUCUCAAAUCUUUUUAUUUUUUAUGUAUUACAUUUUUUUCUAUUUCUCUUAGAAUAUUGCUCAGAAAACGCUAGAUCACGUGACUGUGACGUCAACGUUCUCUGUUCAUUCCUUUACAUUUUAAAGCACAUCUAACGAGAAAAAACUAACAUACCAACUAAUGGAUUUCUUAAUUUUUAUAAUGUAUUUUUAUAAAAUAGCUACAAAAACUAUAAUAUUUUAUACAUAUAAAUUAUUUUUAUACAUUUGCACAAAAAUAAAAUACCUCAAAUGUUUUGAGUUGUGUACGCGGAAAAAUGAAACGGUGCAAAGAAACGUAAAGUUUGUGUUUAUUUAUAUUGAGGUUAUGUUUGUGUCCGCGUUCAAAAAGAUUUGAUGCUUUUUCAAAAAACUUAAAUUAAAUGAAUGUCCAAAAGGUUUGUGUUGUGCGAGACUGGAAAUACGACCAUUAGUGCUCCAAAUAAACUGUUCAUCCACGUUCCGCUGAAAAAUCUUGGUUAUUGGCAAAGAAUUGAGCGACCAUAGAAGAGUCUACUCUUGGCAGAUUGGAACUAUAAGCUUUCAUAAAUCCUUUCUCCAUAAUUCUUUAGCAGUUGUAUCACUUAAAUGCAAUUAACACACAGAACUUCACAGAAGCAAAUAAACAAAACAUUAAUUCUGAGGUUAUUUCGAUAUAUCUGUCACAGAGAGAAUGACGUCAUCGGUCUCUUCUCGUCGUUUUUAAUGGCGUGACGUCAUAGGCUCUAAAUUAAGAUUUCAUAAAUUAAUUAAAAAAUAUAUGGUCAGUUAUAAAUAAUAUGAUAUAGCUUAUCGUGUUUCUAGUUUUGUGAACUUUCGGUGCAUUUAUUUAUUUUUAACUAAAUGAAUACUAGGAAACAACCCUAUUAUAGGUACAUGAUAACAAUGAUAUGAUAUUCGUCCGUUGCUAAAUAAUUUACUUUGCUACGUAAGUGCCUGACGUCUAUGUCAUUUUGUUAUUUAUAAGUACCUAUUUGUUAAAGCUUUUAACACUUUUGUGUGUACUCACUAUUUUUAAUUACACCAAUAUUUUAUGCUUUAAGUGACUUUGUGUCGAUAAAUUAAUCAUCAUUAUGAAUUUUUAUCUCAUAGACGAUAUUUAUAUUAAAGAUUUUAUUCGGUUAAUUAUUUUUUACUUAUUUACAUGACGUAGUCUUUUGGCAGACGAAUAAUAAUUCAUAUUAAAGAUAUUUUCCCAAUUUCUAAUGUUAAUUAAGGUAAAAUUAUGUCGCUCCACUUUUGGCAAUAAUGUUAUUUAUCAAUUUACACAAACUUUAGUUUUAAGUUGUAGUUUUAGGUGACCAAUAUCAAUAAUGUUUAGUUAAUUGUCAGUUAUAAUGAGUUAUGUAUGUUGUCAGUAACGAAUCACUGCGCAUCGUAUCGUGCUAGUCCGCCUCCGCCUCUCGUCACGCUCUCUGUGGCACCUCCACACUUUGUCAACGUCGCUAACUGCUCGAUGUCAUCACUAUUCCAAAUUCUUGUUGGACAGUCCACAACAUUGACUGAAUUAUAUUCUUUUUUCAUUUUAAUAACAAUGUAUUAACGAGGAACCAAAAACUAUGGUUCUCAAAAUUCAUUCCAAAUGCAUUUACUGUGUAUUUUAUUUUAUAUUUUCAAUCAAGGAUCAAUUUAUAAUGUCUAUUCUAUUAAUUGACUACUAAUAAAAUUUUACAGUUCAUCAACAUCCGUCUCUUCAAUGCAUAAAGUCCGUUUUUUAAUCAAAUUAGUAAAUUGACAUAUUUUUGGAAAGAUUAUACAUAAAAAUUAUUAUGUAUUUCGAUUGAUAUUUAAUUAUCACACAUCAAAAUUAUUACUAAGAAAAAAGAUGUAAACUAAAAUAAAUAAAAAUUAUAAAUGUUCCCUUGAGAUGAUAAAAGUUCAGUAUUCGGCAAAAAAUCUGACACCCUGAUUUUGAAAUUUGACAUUACCACUUGGCAAUUUACUAAAUUGAGUUAAAAACGGUCUUUAGGUACAACUUUCGUGCUCUUUUUAAAAUCUGCGUGUUGUUUCCCCAGUGCUAAUGUGAUUCAAUAACCAAAUUGUUGUACUUUACUGUCAUUCUAUGUGGAUAAAAAAAGUUCAUGUGUUAAAAAUAACAUCACAACUAUUUCGACCACGGUUUUGGAUCAAUUUAUAUUACACUGACUGGCAAAAGCCACACUGAUUGUGGAGAUGAAAUUUAUGUCAAAUACACCAGUUUGUCGAUGAACUAAGACUAGAGCCCACGCCACUAUUGAAGUUCCUACACGACGAUAAUAUCCUUGUAAAAUCACCGCAAUAAUUGUACAUUUUACGAUUAUACAACCCAUCAAAUCUGCAGGACUUCUUUCGUGACGCGCUCUUAAAUUAAUAAGCAUUUUGAUUUUUAACAAUGAACAGUUUUGAAAACUAUUUGAAAAUAAUUUUUGUUCAUUGUAAAUAAACUUAAUCUAAAGUAAUAUAUAAGUGAUUGUUAUUGAAGGCCAAUAAAUGCCAAAUUGCACAUUGAACUAA